UACAGUUAAUUCUAUGAAAUUAUAAAAAUCAAUCUAUACUCAUACAAUCUUGGUUCUACGCACUUGACUGCUGCUCUACCUAUAAAAUUCUCAGUGGGUUUGCAGAGGAGUUUGUAUUGGUGGAAGGAAGCAGUUCAUUACCUAUUUAUAACACCCACAUAAUCAUCCUCAUCUUCUCCAUCCUCUUAGCCCUCGACCCUUCAUCCAUCCUUCCUUUCUUCCUUCUUUGCAAAGAAUCUACUGUGUUUGUUUUCUCAGGUCUAUUUUUAUAUAAUUGAUUGGUGGGGUUCAAAGGCUUUGGAGGAGAAGCACCAUGUCAGAAAGCCAGGCCAGUCUUUUACUCAGGAAGCAAUUAAAAGAACUAUCUAGGAAUCCAGUGGAUGGCUUCUCAGCAGGACUUGUGGAUGAUUCAAAUCUUUUUGAGUGGAAUGUAGCAAUAAUUGGUCCCCCAGAUACGUUGUAUGAAGGAGGAUAUUUUAAUGCCAUCAUGAGUUUUCCACCCAACUACCCAAACAGUCCUCCAUCAGUGAGGUUUACAUCAGAAAUGUGGCAUCCAAAUGUUUAUCCGGAUGGACGUGUUUGCAUUUCUAUUCUUCAUGCACCAGGAGAUGAUCCAAAUGGUUACGAGCUUGCCAGUGAAAGAUGGUCACCUGUGCACACGGUGGAAACUAUUCUCUUGAGUAUUAUAUCAAUGCUAUCUAGUCCUAAUGAUGAAUCACCUGCAAACAUUGAUGCAGCGAAAGAGUGGCGAGAUCAAAGAGAUGAAUUCAAGAAGAAAGUUGGCAGGAUCGUCAGGCGGUCGCAAGAAAUGUUUUGAGACUGGACAUGGUCGAUUGGUGAAUUCAAGUAAUUCUUUUUAUUAUUGUCCAGUCAGAAAACCUGCUUAUGGGUUUUAGUCUAGGUUGUGUCUAAGCUGUGGUAAUCUAGCUAGCUUGCAUCCGAUUGUGUAAUGGCAUGCUUAAACUUUGGAAGUAUGCAUGAAUCUAUAGCUGCUUCAACAUGGACUCUUGUGUAUUCACAACUUUGGAAGCUAAAUUUACAAAGUGAUAUGUGAUAUUCAGCAGCAGUCUAUGCUAAGCAAGUAUUGUUGAAUGAAUUUCAUUGUUGCUGGUGCUUCUUUGUUUGGCUGUGAAGCCUGUGGUAAUCGUGGCAACUCAAAAUCUGAUGUAUAGGGUUUUCCAAAUGAAUAGAUAUAUUUUGGACGUGUCCAUAAUGUUGUCA